AGCAAUUGUCCCACCAAAUCACUCCGGUGUAAUUCAAGAUGUUCGCCCCUACUGCUCGCCGCGCCGCGGCCCAGGCCUCCGCCUAUGCGCCCAAGUACUACAUCCCCCGCACCGCCGCCGGUAUGACCCUUGGCACAGCCAUCCAGCUUGGUUCCGUCGCUGCUGGCUUCGGUGUCGCCCUUGGUUCCGGUGCCCUCUUCCUCUUCGGCGAGGUUCCUCGUGUGCGCAACGAUAUCCUCCGCAAGCUUCCUUUCUUCGAUACCUACUACGACCGCACCAUCGCCCCCGAGGACAACCCCUUCUAAAUUAUUCGCCAGGGUAUAUACCUGUCUCCCUUGAUCGAUAUGAAUCGAGGCUUUCGGGGGUUAGGCUGGGGCUGUACUGUGUAGAAUAGCGAUGAAAGUCUUUUCUGUUUUUAAUACCACAUAGAAACAGUUGUUUCCAAG